AUGAGUGUCGAUGACACUAACACACAGUGCCCACGCAUUGGGCCAGAAGACGUACAAACAUCUCAUGACGCAGAAUUGUUUGACGACAACGACAACGACAACGACAACGGUUGUGAGAGCGGUACUGGUAACUUUUUGGAUGCUCUCAGUCAACCUUCAGCCAGUGAAGCACGACCUUCGACCAGUGAAGCACGACCUUCAACCAGUGAAGCACGACCUUCGACCAGUGCAGUUCGACUGGAAAAGAGGGUCAGAAAUGAACUGGCGUCUGAAAACGUCGCUUUCCAAGAAGAACGAAUUAACAAAAUCAUGGAGGAAGGACGGAUGGCACACCAGCAAGUUGAGGAACGCCUCCAGGAACAAGAACACCAUGCAGAAGUGGUGCGCCAGCAAGCUGAGAAAUACAUUCAGGAACAACACCGUCUUGCAGAAGUGGCGCGCCAGCAAGCUGAGGAACGCAUUCAGGAACAAAGCCGUCUUGCAGAAGAAGAACACAAGUGUCAUGCGCACGACAUCGGCAAGAAGGCUCAGCAAUUGGAAGCGGCUUUGAGAGAGCGGGAAAACCAACUGAACCAUGAUAAAAAUGAACUCGAAGUAAUUCGCCAACAACGUCAGCAGCAGUACCAGGAGGCAGUAGAAUUAACUGAAAGAAAACAAAAAGAGCUGGAAGAACGCGAGAAAGUGAUUGGGGCCGAGGUAGAACGAAGGUUGCAACUAGAAGUAGAAACCCUGAAGGCAGCAAAAAAGGCUGAGCUCGCUAACAUGGAGCAACGGUUUGCGAGACGCGGUAGGCAACGGGAUACAGCUAUGGAUAUGGACGCAGACACCACCCCCAUGAGCGCUCAGCAGCAGGCCAAAACGCCUCAGAAACCACACUCCAACACUCCAUCCCUUGAUGCAAUCAAAAGGAUCAAGAGGGCACGUGGAACAACGCGCAGGACGCGUCUGGUAUCUGUGGCAGAUGACGAUGACCCUAUAGAAACGCGUCAAGAAUGA